UGGGGUCAUGAUUGCGACUUUGCGAGUAACCAGGUCUGCUUGGUUAUUUUGCGUUCGACUAUGUCUUCCCCAAGACUCGAACUAAAGAGUCUUACUUUAGACGCGAAUUAUCACGCAUAAUCCUGCUGUGCCGUAUCCACAAGCAAAGCAAGGAAUCUUUGUUACCAAGGGAAGCUACGAAUCCCCCAUUUGCUCACUCCAGAGAUCGUAUGCUGAAAUUCUUGCGUGUCCAUGCCAUCAUCGUCUCUAACCCUUCUUUCUCAGUUCAAGAUUUCCAUCCAUGCUGUUACCUCUUGAUCUGCCACCACUCCCUCGUGUGCAAUGCACCCUACCUACCUAUAUAAUACAUGCAUGGUGAUGUGUCGCCUGCAGUCGCCCUUCGUGGAUAGCUAGCUAGCUAGGCAGUAGGCACUGAUCAUGCCGGCGAUGGACGGCGACGACCUCACGAGUCAAGUGAAUUGGGUGGCGUGGCACCUGACGCAGCAGCUGGAGGAGGCUGCGGCGACGGAGCAGCACCGGAUCAUGGUGAACACCCACCCCGUGUCCCGCGUGUCCCGCGUCCCGGACCACCUCCGCGUCCAUAACCGGGACGCCUACACGCCGGGGCUCGUCGCCAUCGGCCCGCUCCACUCCAAGGACGCCGAGCGCCGCCUCCGCCCGGGGAACCAGCUCAAGAGGACCUACCUCAACAGCCUCAUCUCCCGCGGCCACCCCGACGCCUCCCGCCACGACGUCAUCCAGGGCUACGUCCGCCUCGUCGCCGCCCGCAAGCACGAGGCCCACGCCAUGUACGCCGCCGAGGACUUCGACGGCAUCACCGACGUGGAGUUCAUCCAGAUGCUGGUACUCGACGGCUGCUUCAUCAUCGAGCACCUCGUCAACGUCACCACGGGCAAGGACGAGCCGUUGCUGCACGCCACGCCCUUCGGCCCCGUGCAGCUGUCGGUGGACCUCGUCCUCGCCGAGAACCAGAUCCCAUUCUUCGUCCUCGUCGACCUCAUCAGCAGCUCCAGGCUGCCGGAGUUCGACUCCACGGGUUACGACCCGCCGGUCCUGCUAAUGAAGCUGGUGCUCUACUACCUCGGCGGCGAGAGGGGCCGCGACAUGAGCGAGGCACUCCCGCCGGCGAAGGACGUCUGCCACAUCCUGCACGUGCUCCACGCCAUGGUCGUCGCGGCGCGAACCAGGUGGGAGCCGCCGCCGCGGAUGCAGGACAGCGCGCCUCUGGAGAUGAUGCAGGAGGCGGCGCGGCUGCUCCGGCGCCUCCCGCUGCUGCUCCUCGUGCCUCUGCUGUACCCGAUCCUGCCCGAGGAGCGCCGGUGGCGCGCGAGCUACGGCCGCGAGGACCUGCCGUCGGCGAGCGACCUGAAGCGGAUGUGGGUGCGGUUCAAGAAGGUGCGCGGCGGGAGCGGCAGCAAGGCCGCUGCCGGCAUCGCGUCGGUGUUGGGCCCGGUGCCGCUGACCGUGAAGCUGGCGCACGAGGACCGACUUCGGCUGCCGCAGCUGCGGAUCGAGUUCCGGACGGCGCCGCUUCUGCUGAACCUGAUGGCGUUCGAGCAGUCGGCGGAGCAGCGCGCCGGGGACGUGUCGGCGUACGUGUGGCUCAUGGCGAAGCUGGUGCAGUCGGCGGAGGACGCGGGGGUCCUGGUGGCGGCGGAGGUGGUGCACGGGGGCACGACGGGGAACGAGAGCAAGGAGGACGUGGCGUGCUUCUUCCGGCAGAUGGGCUCGGCGAGCGAGGCGGCGGGGGAGCUGGAGAAGAGCUACCUCAGGGAGACGCUGCAGAAGCUGCGGGAGCGGAGCCAGGACCCGCUCUUCAUGAUGUGGGCCGACGUGCAGCGCAACUACUUCACCGUGCCGUGGGCCGUCGUCGCCGAGUUCGUCACCUUCUUCACCUUCAUCUCGACCAUACUGCAGACCUACGGAUCCUUCAAGCACUGACUCCACCAGAAAUCCACCACUCCAAGUCAAACGGAUGGUGUUUCAGCAUCUUCACUUAAGUUAGCGCCUUAACGGCAUUCAGCUCAGUUUUCUUGAAGAAACAACAUUUAAUUUGUACGGCGAUUUAUUUACUUAUUUUUCGCAUAAGGAUCCGGAAUGCCUUCCUAAGAUUAUUCUUCUGAAAUAAGCUUGUUUAUUAUUGGUGUAUUCACCUGCAUGUAGCGAGCUGAUACUGUACUUUGAUGGAAUGAAUAGAAAUACGAUUUAUGAUUA